AUGUUUUAUAGAUGGUUGAAACAAAGUGAGCGAACAUUUCUGAACCCUGAGUCAUUUCCAUGUUGUCUUUCGACUGUUUCAGAUAAAGAGAAUACGCUUGUAAAAGAACAAAAAGAAUUUGAAAAAUCAUUAUUUACUAAAACAUGCAAAGGUUCAGAAGAUGUUAUUCUUCUUGAUAAUUUAACAAUCGCCUAUCGAAAUAAUGUUGAUCUACUUUUUAAUGUUGUUGAUAAUCCAGUUUUAAUUACUCAAAGUGUUCAAUUACGUUCAGAUGAUAUUCCAUUAGGGGAACAAACUAUAUCACAACCAUUGGCAAGUUUAUCUAUAUUUCAUCCAACGUUUCUUGGUCUUUGCAAUAAUUUUGUGUAUGUUGUUAUGUUGAGUGCUGCUCAUGAUAUUUUGAAACAAGAAGAGAGUGAUAAUUCAACUCAACCAGUAUCACAUAAUACAACAAAUCAAUUUGAUUGUAAUCCAAUAUCGACAGGCGUGACAGAUAUUUUACCAGCAUUGGUUAUUAAAAUAACAGCUGCAUUUUUUAUGCACAAAAUUUUAUAUAAUAUUCGUUUUGUAUUGAUUGUAUUAUUUGCUGCUAGUGCUUUAAUUAUUGUUAGAAUUUCAAAAGUAAUUGCUUUAAGUAUAUUCGGUGUUGUUUGUGCAAGCAUCAGUGCAGGUUUUGGUGAAAUUACGAUGUUACAAUUAACAUCGUUUUAUGAAAAAUAUACAGUCAGUGCAUGGUCAAGUGGUACAGGUGCUGCUGGUUUAUUAGGGGCUCUUUCUUAUGCUGGACUAACAAGUUUACUUAAACUAAGUCCUAGAACUGCUAUUCUUAUAUUACUUUUUAUACCUGUUCUUCAAGUUAUCAGUUAUAUUAUGGUUGGAGCUAGUCAAACUGCUGCAAAGCAUAGAGAAUAUCAACAAAUAAGUUCACACAUUGUUUUAAUUAGACGAUAA